AAGGUACGGGCAUACAAUGGGUCAAUAUAAAGUCACUAAUCAGCCUAACCUUGCGAUGAUAACCGAUGUCCCCAAAAAAAGACACUUCAGGCACAGCCGCCACUCCGCACUGGCAUUGACCGAGCCGGAGGUUCGCCUCGCGCUAACCGCUACGCCGCUUUGCCCAGCCAGCCAGCACUCCUAGUGCCUCCUUUGCAGGUCACCUUCCUGCAUCUGCAGUGCGAGUCGCAACGCCGCUGCCUCGAGUUCUCAUUGGCUGCCUGCAGCCGCUACUUCCUGUUUCUUUUAUUCCGACUGACAUUGUUGUCUACAGGCCAAUUGGGAAUCUUCGCAGGCGUCGAAACCGAGGCGCGGUCGCGGUGCGCGCGCGCACAGCCAUACAAACGGAGACGACCCCGUUACGCUGACACGCGCACGCCUCUCUAUCUUUCUGUUACAGGAGCGGGAAGUGUGGCUCAGCAGGGCUGGAUGCAGCUUCGGGAGUGGAGUGUCCAGAUUGCAGGUUUCUGUCUUGGGCAGGUGGGUUUGCAUGCUUUACGCUUCCUAUAUAUUUGUAUCCCUCAAGGGUAAUAAGGGCAACCGAUCCAUAAUUCAGUGGGCCACAUAUGACUUCUGGGAUCUACUUUUAAGAGAUGUUUUCUCACACUCAUUCUGGGCUCCCCUGCAGGGGCUUGGGCAGCAGGUGAGGGUCGAAGUGCAGGCUGAAUGCAACAACUAUUUGAGCAGAACCAAGACAUGGCUACAGCGCUGCUGGCUGGAGAGAAGCUGAAGGAGCUCAUCCUGCCUGGACAGGCGGACGAGAGAGCGGGGCCACUGGCAGGGCUGCUGGUGCAGCUCAAGCUGGAGCUGCCCUUUGACCGCGUGGUCACCAUUGGAACUGUCAUUGUCCCCAUACUGCUGGUUACGUUGGUGUUCACCAGGAACUUUUCAGAGGAGUCCAUUUACUGCUACACCCCAUACAACUUCACUCGGGACCAGGCUUUGUAUGCCCGAGGCUACUGCUGGACAGAGCUGCGUGAUGCCAUGCCAGGGGUGGAACCAGCACAACACGCCUCACUAUUUGAGCACAAGUUCCUGCCCUACGCCCUCCUGGCUUUUGCAGGCAUCAUGUACAUCCCAGCACUGGGCUGGGGCUUCCUGGCCUCCACACGUCUCACAUCAGAGCUUAGUUUCCUGCUGCACGAGAUUGACAAUUGCUACCACCGGGCAGCUGAGGGGAGAGCGCCCAAGAUCGAGAAGCAGAUCCAGUCCAAGGGACCUCAGAUCUCGGAGCAGGAGAGGCGUGAGAUCAUUGAGAAUGCAGAGAAGGAGAAGAGCCCCGAGCAGAACCUGUUUGAGAAGUACCUGGAGCGCCGUGGCCAGAGCAACCUGUUGGCAAAACUCUACCUGGCACGCCACUUGCUCAUCAUCUUCCUCAGUUCUAUCCCUAUCUCCUACUUGUCCUUCUACUAUGCCACUCAGAGGCAGAACGAGUUUACCUGUGCUCUGGGAGAUCCUCCAGAUAUAAGCAGCGGCCUGAGCCUCCGUGUCUCUAUCAACUGCAAACUGCCAGCUGUGCGGCUGCAAAGAAUCAUUGCUGCUGUGGACAUCUCCCUGUUGAGCUUUAUGAACCUUGUUAUACUGAUUAACCUCAUUCACCUCUUCAUUGUGCGGAAGUCUAACUUCAUCUUUGACAAACUUCGCAAAGUGGGCAUCAAGACUAAAAGACGCUGGCAAAAGUCCCAGUUCUGUGACAUUAACAUUCUGGCCAUGUUCUGCAAUGAAAACCGUGACCACAUCAAGUCACUCAACCGUCUGGACUUUAUCACCAAUGAGAGUGAUCUCAUGUAUGACAAUGUGGUGCGCCAGCUGCUGGCUGCCUUGGCUCAAUCCAACCAUGAUGCCACCCCUACUAUGAGGGAUGCAGGCAUCCAGACCCUGGACCCUAGUAUGGAUCCAGCUGACAUAACAGAAGGAGACCUUGGUUUCAUCAAAAGACCUCGGAAGAAAAUGAAAUGGAUCCCAUCUUCCAGUCCUCUGACUCAGCCCUUCAGGGAGCCUCAAGUCCUCAAGUCUGAGAAGCCCAAGCCCAUCCGGCGCAAGACUGUAGCUGAAGGUUUCAUCGCAUCUCUGCCAGAGUUGAACUCAAAGAGUGUGGCAAACACGGCAGCAGGCAAAGCAGUGGAAGUGAGUAGCAGUGAUGUUAGACCUGCCAUUGAGAAGAAACAUACAAGACAAUUUUCGCUGGAUGUCCACCCCUAUGUGUUGAGUGGCCGCAAAUCCAAGUCAGAGGUGCCGGGCAGUCAGCCUACUGAGUCAACACACAACCAGGAGGACUUGUUCCAUGGCAUUGUUCAUGUCUCCAAUCCCAGCAGCGCCUCCAAGGAAUCUUCAUCUAGAUGUCAUGUCUCCUCAUCACCUGGCCAUGCCCAGUCACCCACUGCAGUUUGCAUCACUGCCAAAACCAGCGUCCCUUUGGAAAAAAAUGUGGAGCCUCUGCGAGCAAAUCCCACCCACUUGAGUGCACACACACUUUAUGAAGAAGAUGAGCCGUCACUUGGCAUUGAGCGACCUCAAGGAAGAACUGGUGAACUAAUUGCUGCAAGCAACUUUUAAAGACACAUACCUUGGACUUGUCGUAUAAACAUGCACAUGUGUACAAAUGGUUUGAGUUAUGGUCUCUGAUGCUCAGUGCGUCGCCAACACUUUUGGUUAGUCUACCUACUGAAUCACUAGUGAAUCUCUAAGUCAUAUUCCGUUUCAUAUACUCACAAUAUGUGACUUGACUAAAUUCUUUCUCAGCUCUGAAAUCUAAGGAGGACUUUUCAUGUCAACCCCCAUGUACCUAUCACUGUUCUUCCAGUUCAGAAUAACUCUUGGUGUGUCUCUUAAUAACCAGUUUAGAACACGAGCUUUAUGGUUAGGCUUACAUCCCAUGGCAAGAAAGAGUCUGUAAACCCUGUGGAAUUAGCUGGACUUCUAGAUUAAUUACCCAUAUAACAUAGUCUGAUCUUCAACUAUAAUAGAAAAACACAGUCUGUUCAGAUUAAUAACACAGCAAACACUUGUAAUGCUUCAUGUUGAUAUGGAAUACAGCAUUCUAAAGAUCUAGAAAAAGAACAUGAAAACAUAUUUAGUAUCUGGUAGUACGUUCUUUGGUAACAGUGACCUUCACCAAACAACUCUUGAAGGUGCUUAUCAGGCCUACACAAUGCUUAAGAGAAGUUUUUGACUUUUUCUUCUUACAAAAGUGUUUCAUUUCAUUGGAAUUUCUUGAGUGAAUCAGGUCUUUUCAGGUAAUGCCACAACAUCUCAAUUAGGCUGAAGUUAGGGCUCUGUCUUGGCUCUUCCAGAAUACAAAUGUUCUUCUGUUUCAGCCAUUAUGUUUUUAAUUAAGUCCUGUGUUUUGAAUCAUUGCCUUUCUGUAUCACCCUGUAUCUUCUGUUAAACUUUAGCAUACAGGCUGCUAUCCUGUCAUUCAAAUGAAAUGCUGUUUCCUUUAUAAUAGAAGGCAGUCCAGACCUUGAUGCAUCAGAUCAGUCCUUGCCCCUGAUGCUUCCUCCACCAUUUUUCAAGGUUGGGACAAGGCUUUAGUGGCUGCUGUACAUUGCUUUUUCAUUCCAAACACAGCAUUGCACAUUUCUGCAAAACAAUUAACUUCUGUCUCAUCCAUCCACAGAAUAUUGUUUCAAAAGUGUUUUGGAACAUCUCUGUGACCUUUUGCAAAGUUCAGGUAGGCAGUCGUGUUUCUUGGAAAGCAGUGGUUUUCUCCUUACUUGAAUGCCAUUCUUGCGAUGUUAAAGUAUUUUUCAAGUAUGUGGCAUCUUUCUAUAAUGGACACAUGAACAGAAACUUAGUCAAGUUCAAAUGAUUAGAAGGUCCUUUUGCUGUUACCCAAUGGUCCCCUUUCAGCAAAGAAUUGAUUUGAUCUUUGCAAGAUGCCCACUCCUAGGGAGAGUGGCAACAAUCCAUAAUUGCCUCCAUUUGAAGACAAUUUUCUACAUUUAUGCAUCUCUCCAGUUCUUCAUUAAACAUCGUCUUUUGAUCAGGGAAUAGCAGUGGCGUAGCUACAUCCAGGGGGCACUGAAUUGAUGUUCCCCAUUGAAUUUUGGCAAACAGGAGGGGGGCGCAAAAUCUUCAGUUGUCCCCGGGUGCUGAAAACACUAGCUACGCCUCUGGGGAAUAGUUCACAUGAACAGGUCUUUCUUGAGAAGAGCAGACUUUGUCAGUAACCAGCUUUGUGUGUCUUUUUCAUGAGUGGGGCACUUCCAACCCAUACCUUCAAUCCCUGACUCCAGUUAGGCGAGAGAUUCCCAGAUUUUUUCCAGCAUGGUAUGCAGAUAUUUAGCCAAUGCGUUCAGCAUUGACAAGAAGCAGUGCAAAUGUUUUUGUUUAAGCAUACUGUGUGUGUGUAUUAUUUCGACUUAGUUGAUGAUCAGAUCAUAUCUGCAUGAGUAAGUAAUGCAGAAAUCCAGGUAAAUGCAAAAGGUCAGCAAAUUUUUCUUGCAACAGUAACCUUUCAGUUCAGCCAGUAAAAUUCAUCAUGACCUUUAUGCCUUUCAAAAUUCAGAUUGUAUACUAAUGCUAUUAUUUAUUAUUAGCGAGUCCCCAUUUCACAAACUGGCUCUUAGCUGUCACCGAAUCACCUUCAAACUCUGCCUCUGUCUUAGACUGCUCUUGGCCUUUAGGGUGUUCCUGAGUCUCCGUCCAGUUUAGCCACUUCCAUGUAAUGUAUCUUUCAGUGAUUUCCAAGUUUAGUAACUGAGUAAUUCUGAGGGAUUCGGGAUAUCAGUCACUGAUCUCUCAUAUACCCAUUGUCACUUUAUAUUUCAGGCACUAAAUCCAAGCCUAAAUUUCCUAAUUGCCAGCUGACUCCCACUUGUGUCCUAGGAUCAUGUCCCAGUUUACUGGCUACUUUGUCUUGGAUUUACUGGCACACUCAAAAACUGAUUCUCUGCUAGUCUGUAAGAUUUGCUAGUUCAGACAUGACCUAUUUGAGCAUCCAUGGGUUACCUAGCAAUAACAUUUAAUCCUCUCCUGAGUGAUUUUUCCAUGUUUAGCACUGGCUCUCAAGGUUUCCCAAAUGAAUUUCUCAUUUUAGAUUAGUCUUCUCUGUGGUUGUUUUCACUGGAUGAGACACAACUGCUACACUACAGUGACCUCACCUGUGAGGUUAAAGGUGCUAUAUACAGUUGUUGCGCCUGUUAAACAGGGGAAAAUCUUUUGAAAAUCAAGUAGUUCCUGCUGUAUGCUUUGCAAAUUGGGCAAGUUUGUCUAUCUACUCUGUAGGGUGCUUACAGACAAGCAGGUGCUUAAGGUCAGCAGUCCAAAUCAUUAUCGGUGUCCAUCUCUGAAUGGACAGUCACCUGCCAGAUGGGGAGGUUUAUGUUUAUAAAGCUAAGACUUGCAUGCUUGUGGUAAAGGAGGUAGUCGGUAAGAGAACAUCUUCCCUACUAGAGUGACAGUCAAAAGAAUACUGGGUUUUUUAGGUGACCAAGGUUAAAUCAGUACAGUCAAGUCAUCCUCCCCAUUGUUGUAGUAGUGAUGGGGGUGUAUGGUGGGAUAGCAACAACUGUCUACCAGACCAAAACAUGCUUGUCUAUUGCUAACUGCAUAACUUAUAAGAACAGUAAAAGGAUGGGACCACAUGUUAAGGGUCCUCGGAAGAAACUUGUCAAGAAAGCAGGAAUCUGUCAUAAGCUUGUAGACAAAGCUGACCACUGGAUGGACACUCAUGUUUGUCAAUUUCAUAACUGAUUUCUAUCUUGAUCAUUCUUCUGUUUUGAACUUUAUAAAUGUACAAUGUAUUAUUUUAUGAGAAUGUAUAUUUUUUCAUUUUAUGAUAAAAAUGAUAUUAUUCUGCUACUGGUACACAAUAAAGGAGGUUCAGGAAACCAAGAAUUGAUUCUGUUA